AUGGCGGCGCUGGAACGUCGACUCGUCGGCUACUCAGAAGCGAUGGAUUGGCGUGUCAUGAACUUCAUGGAUCUCAUCUCGCUGAGGGCUUGCUCGCUCUGUAACGUGGUUCCGAAAGUGACGCUUGUUCUGGAAUGUUCUCACGCGCUUUGUGAACUGUGCUACGAGAAUGUCCUUCAGGGUAAGCGACAAUGCCCUUUAGACGGCGAAGCCUUCGAUGAAAUUCAUACCACAACGUUCGUCCAAACAGCGAGGCAAAUAUGGAGACAGACUGCCCGGUGUUUGAACUUCAACCUAGGAUGUGAUUUCGUUGGAACUGUCGCGGAAGUGGAGCAGCACUUUUUCCAGGUGUGCACUUUCCACGGGGUCACCUGCGGUCGAUGCCACGAGAAGGUGCUCCGAAAAGAGAUUGUGGAUCACUAUGUCCAACAGUGCGGUUCACGCGCAUCACCAAUCGGGUGUUCAGCGGUAGAUGCCAUGGACGCCAUACUCGAGGUGGGGAAGAAGAUAGACACUUCACUGGAGGUCAUGACAGACCGUCUGUCUGCAAUCGAGGGUCAGCUCCGCAGCCAUGGAGCAAUAAUAGGAGCUACCAAGGACAGCAUUGUAUCGAAUGCCGAUAUAUUGAAGGACUUUGUGCAAAGACAAGAAAGUCACGACAGCUUGGAACGCAUAAACGAUAAGUUACAUGUUUUGAUGCAGCAGAUGGAAGAACUGACCAAGUGCACACGCACGGCAAAAAGUGUGUUGUCAAACGUUGCUGGACUCGACGCUGUAGGGUCUGCAGGGAUUGUCUGUCACACUCCAUCAACGGAGGAAAGCAGCAAUGGGGGAAACGACGACCAUGAGGGUGAAGGUGACGCCAGAGCUCGGCAAGGCGGAUCUCCGGUUCAAGACGAUACAGACAAGGUUAAAGACUUUCUGAGAGCUGUCCUUGAUGCUUCCAAACGUAUUUGUUCUGUUGAAGAAAGUUUAGGUGAGCUGAAGAAAGUUAACCUCUUGAAGGACAAUGUCGCCUAUUAUCACUUUCAAGGGCUUGCCGAUAUUGAGAAAGAAGUGUUGGCAAAGCAGCGGGUAGUUCGGACCUCUGGUAUUUUCCGCUUGUGUGGCUACUCUAUGAAACUGGAGGUGGUCAUCAAGACGUAUGAUCGUGUUGCGUACAUCGGUGUUUUUCUACGUAUCUGUCGCAGCUCCAGGGACUCGUUUUUGAAAUGGCCUUUUACACAGCCUUAUACUGUCAUCUUGGUCAACCCUACUGAUGAGAGAAAAAACGCUGAGCGUCAUAUUGAUGUCUUAAGAAAGAUAGAUGAGCACAGUCAGUGUUUCAAUAAGCCCGAAGGAGACUGCAACAUGGCCUUUGGAAUACCUGAAUUAUGCAAACUUCAAGAUGCAGUGAAGGAAGGUUUCAUACGCAGCAACUCAGCCACUGUUGGUGUAAGAAUUCUUUAA